AUGUCUGAGUACAAGCUAGAGUUGACAACAGGUGACUGGCAUAAUGCAGGAACAUGGGACCACAUAUAUGUCACCUUAUUUGGAACUCAAGGGCAGAGUGAACGAACCGAGUUGGACAACUUUGGCAUCGACUUUAAAACUGGGACAACAGGGAACUACACCCUGAAAUCCAAAUCGUCUCUGGGGAAACUUCUGCUGGUCAAGGUGGAGAAAGAUCCUUUUUUUGUUCCCCUAGAAGAUGAGUGGUACUUCUCCAAAGUAGUGGUGACGACUCCAGAAGGAGACGUCCUUCUUUUCCCCUGUUACAGAUGGAUCUCCAGGGGAGAACUGGUGGAGCUGAGAGGAGGAAGAGCCUUGAAGGUUUUUGAGGAGGAACUUCCCCUGUUGAUUGAGCACCGGAAAAAUGAGAUGAUACUUAAAAAGAGCUUUUACCAAUGGAAGAAUUUGGCUGAAGGACUACCCCACCACAGCGAUUUCAAUAAAACGUCUGAGCUUCCAGCUGAAGUCCGUUUCUCAAAGUCCAAAUUAACUGAAUCAGAUGACACAAAUAAGAUGAUUGGUCUUGAACUCAAGUUUAAGGGGCUGCUUGGAUCUAUUGAAACAUGGGAAAGCCUUGAAGAGAUGAAAGGAAUCUUCUGGUGCAAAAAGACAGCAAUGUCAGAGUAUGUUGCAGAGCACUGGAAGGAAGAUGACUUUUAUGGAUACCAGUUUCUGAACGGAGUCAACCCCAAUGGGAUCAAGCGCUGCUCAGCGCUUCCCAAAAACUUUCCAGUCACAGAGGUGAUGGUGAAGCCGUUCUUGGAAGAGGGAAGCUCUCUGCAGGAGGAAAUGAAGAAUGGCAACAUAUUCCUCCUUGACCAGAAGAAGAUGGAUGGAAUAGCCCCGAGAGUCUACAAUGGUCAACCUCUGCAUGUGACUGCUGGUCUCUGUUUGUUCUACUUGAACCCAGAAAACAAACUGAUGCCAAUUGCAAUACAGUUGCAUCAACAACCUUCUGAGCAGAACCCCAUCUUUCUGCCCAGUGACCCGGAGGUUGACUGGCUGCUAGCCAAGAUGUUUAUUAAAAAUGCAGAUGCCAUGGAUCAUCAAUCCGUCCAUCACCUCAUGAACACUCACUUCCUGGCCGAGGCCUAUGCUGUUGCCACUCUCCGCAGCUUCUCUGCGAUUCAUCCUCUUCACAAGCUGCUGUUCCCACACUUCCGGUAUACUCUCUACGUAAACACUAGAGUCCGCAAUGGUCUUUCUGGACCUGAUGGGGCUUUAAGUAUAAGUUCACUUGGAUAUGACGGAGUGACAGAGCUCAUGAGAAGGACUCUCUCUGAAAUUACCUACAGCUCCCUCUGUCUGCCAGAGAACAUCACUGCACGAGGACUGGAGUCUAUCCCCAACUUCUACUACAGAGAUGAUGGCCUGAAGCUGUGGGACAUCAUCAACAGCUUUGUGAAGGCAGUAGUGGAGUACUAUUAUCCCUCAGACAGUGAAGUGUGUAAAGACACAGAUCUGCAGGAAUGGAUCGGUGAGAUAUUCACACAUGGCUUCUUAGGAAACAAAGCCUCAGGGUUUCCAGAAGGCUUUCAUACUGUCGAGGAAGUGAUCAAGUUCAUCACCAUGGUGAUCUUCACAGUGACGGCUCAACAUGCUGCAGUGAACAAUGGGCAGUUUGACUACAUGUCCUGGAUGCCCAAUGGCACGUUGCUGCUGCGCAAACCUCCUCCAACCAUUAAGGGGAAGUCGAGCAUGGACACAAUGUUGGAGGCCCUCCCAAAUGUUGACGAGACAAUCAAAUUUGCAGCACAGUUUUUGGUGCUUUCAGAAAAAUACGAAGAUACUGUUCCCAUGGGUACAUACCCCGAGGAACGAUUCGAUGAGCCUGUCUUAAGGCAGAUGAUUAAGGAAUUUCAAGCAGAGUUGUCCCUCCUCAGUGAAGCAAUAGCAAAAAGAAACUUGCAUCUUGAAAUACCUUACCCAUACCUGAACCCAGCUGAGAUAGAGAACAGUAUCACUGUUUAAGCAGGUCUGAGGGAUCCAUUCUGCACUAGGCGAUUGUAUCCAUGUAUUUCUCAUCACCUAUCUUGCAUGCUGGAAGUGUGUUAUACUUUUUAUUUAGUACAUAGAAUAGGUGGGGUUAUAGGUGAGGUCUUAGAGACAGUUAGUAAGGUGUUGCAUGCUUGGGAAUUACAGUAUAUCUUGGUUGUGUCAUGAUGAGCAGGCCUGGCCAUACCAGGAGUGGUAUGAUAAAAUAUGGACCAACUGUAUACUGAGCAGAAACUUAACUGAUUAACACAGGAAGUAGUAAUUUAAACAUUACUCUGGUCCCUAUUGAUCAAUUAGAGUAGAAACAGCUAAAAACAUAUUGAAACUAUUUUUAAAGUUUUGAAUGUUCUCUGCAUUAGUUGGGAUUUUUCUGUGACUGAUUUUGUUCUCUCAGAUUUCUACAAUUGCAUAAUCUUAAUUUCUACAUAUCAUAUAUGGGGUGGUGAUAGUCUAUUGGUCUGGAGGUACGCCUUCCAAACGAGAAGGUCGUGAAUUCACCCUGAGCAAGGUACUUAGUCUCCCUGAGUUGCUCCAGGGAGACUGUCCCUGUACUUAGUUCACUGUAAGUCGCUCUGGAUAAGAGCGUCCGCUAAAUGACCUGUAAUGUAAUGUAAAAAUAUAAAUUCUGGAAGCAGUUAUUGUGUUUUCAACGCCAGUCAAGAUGAUUUUGAACGAAAUGAAGUUCCUCUUUUGAUUUUCUAUCAGAAAUAAAAUAAACAGGUUGUGAUUCUGUU